UGAAGCGGAAGUAGCUGUCAGUUCCACGGUUGUGGGACGAGGAUGAGCUGCUGUGAGAGGAGGCAACAGUGUUAGCCGAGUAGUCAUGAACACGGUGUUUGUGACUGUCGGCACCACGAGCUUCGAUGACCUCAUUGAAGGCAUCACGUGUCCGGAGACCGUUCAGGUUUUAAAGGCUCGUGGAUAUGAACGUUUGGUUCUUCAGGCUGGAAGAGGAUCUAUUCUUCCAGCUGCUGACAGCUGUCCACACGUCAGACUUGAGGCUUAUCGGUUUAAAGACUCUAUAGCAGAGGACAUCAGGCAGGCUGACCUCGUCAUCAGCCAUGCAGGAGCGGGAAGCUGUUUGGAGGCGCUUGGUGCAGGAAAACCUCUGCUGGUCGUCGUCAAUGACAAACUGAUGAACAACCACCAACUGGAGAUGGCCAGACAGCUGCACAAGGACUCCCACUUGUUGUACUGCACAUGCAGCACCCUGACAGAAACCCUGAGGACGAUGGAUCUCUCUGUUCUUCAGCCCUUCUUGCCCGGACAGCCCAAGAAUUUUGCAAAUUUCCUCGACAAAGCCUUCGGUGUUCAGUGAAACUUAAAUCUGACUGCUUGUUUUCUGUUUAACUGAAGUUUGAUGACCUUUAGAAUAUCCUGUUUUAGUAGCUCAUGAUACUUCAAUCUUUACUGUGAUUGCACAGCACAGCUGACACUAUUUUUGUAUGCAAUAAUAAUAUAUGUCUUAUUUCAAAUCCUUAUGUGUCCUGGGAAUUAUUUGUAUAUGUAUUCUAGAUUUUGUUGGUUUAAAGUUUUUUUACGAGUCAAAGAAAAACAAAACUACCAGGGGUUUGAGGGGAAUAAUAUUCAGCAGUUCAGAGAGUUGAAGGCAUCUCUGCCCUUUGAGAUGUAACAAAGAGAGCUGUGUUCACCCUGGUCAGCUGUUUGUACAUUUUGAGUUGUCGGACUUCUUUAAUGUUAUACAAUCAAUGCAUUUGGUCUGUGUGUCUUGACCUCACCCAUGAUUUGUAAAUCUAAAGAGAAGCUUAUGCUUAAUGCUCACUACAAAUGUUAGGUGAAACAAGUUAUGGGCUCCAUUAAAUGAGGAUGUGCCACUUUUAUAAUUAUAUACUGUGUACUUCCCCACUACAUUUCACUUCAGUCGGUUAUGAAAUGAAUAAUCUAACUUGCACGGCUAUAUUUAUAUAUUAAUAUCUAUGUCUUUUUUCGACUGAUUUAAAAGACAGUGUUCUACUUUACCAAGACACUAAUGUGUUGGGUCACCAAGAGGAGGGUUGCACCUAUUUUUGCCUCCAGGGUGAAACCUCCCUGCACGUACACUCCAACUUCUUCCAGUCCAAACUGGCAAGAACACAUUCAGACAAUUGGUGGCUUUUUUUGUUUCUUCUGUUUUUUUAACUAAACCAUUUUGAAUGUGUUUUUUUUUGUUAUCCCUGCUCAUGUUGUUAAUGUUUUCAGUAGAAUCCCUCGUUAUACGCCAUGACUACUUUUUUUCUGUCAAGUCGACUCAAUCUGCUGAAAAGCAGGAACACCAGCUGCUCCACUAAUCAGUGUAUGAGAGGCUGUUAAAUGUCACCUAACCUGUAGGAAAGAGGUCCAUAUGUACAUAAACAGCCUGGGAACGGGUAUUUUAAAUUAUUUAAAAUCUUUGCAGAAGACACAUUUAGGAAACAUGCUGAUUCAUAAUUUCUCUAGUUAAAGUUUAUUCACCAGGAGAGGUUUUGUGAAACAGGAAAUGAUGUGUGAAAGGCAUCACAAAGCUUAGUUUGGCUCCUCAAACUCUGGACAGUGUUUCAAAUCAGAGCUGUAAACAUUUUUCCACGUUCUGCUACUGAGGCAGCAGGUUUACCGACCAGAUUGGUUUACCUGAUAAAGACCUGUUCUUGUGGUUGGUAGAGCAAGUCAGCCUGGUUGCACCAGCAUUUGAUAAUGAUACUGUCGGGUUCAUUUCCCAAAUUUCCUGAGAUGUAGCUAGAAUGUCAGGCAGCUUAAUAAAGAAAUAAAUAAUAUCUUAUUUCACUGUUGUACAAAAGAAAUAAACCAGAACGGUGGCGGACUUCCUUCUUAAGAAAGUCCCUUCUGCAUAGGAGAAUGUCUGUGCAAUAGGCAUAACAGCUGUCUGAUACUGGUUACAGCAGCCAGCUGUUCUAUUUGAUAAUUUUAAUUAAGGAAAUGGUUAGUUACCUUUAACAAACAGAGAAAAAGAGCAAGGGUCCAUCCACAUGAAACAUUGCUUUUCAAAAGUUGCAUGGCAAAUCUACCUUGAAAACUUGCUUUUAUUACUGAUUAUGAAAUAGCAUUAUAAUUUGUUCACAGCUCUUGUCGUACUCAAACAACUGCAUUGGUUCCAGCCAAAUUAAUAUGACACUAACAUUUGGUUGACAUCAAAAUGUGUCAUUUGCCUUGGCAGUUUCUGAGAUUCACAGUUCUGCCUCAUUCUGCACUUUAGGUGUUUUGGAGUCAAUAUCUCUAUUGCAUAUUGUAGAUUUUAAACGAUUAGUGAGAUUAGAUUAUCGAGAGAGUAAAUUAAAAACUAUAUUUUUCCAGUUUCCCAAAUGUGAAGAUUACAUUUUGUGUCUUUAUUGUUGUAACAUUUAACAUAUCUUUUGUUUUUUUUGGGGUGUAAUUUGAAGACGUCACUUUUCGCUUUUAGGACACUUUCAAUAAUAAAAAUAGUAAUUGGUCGCAUCCCUAAAAUAUGUUUUUAAAAUCUAGGACCCCCACUUUGCAGAUAUUCUUUGGCAUUUCCCCUGAAACAAUUAGAACUGUCACUGAGUGGUUUAGACCGGUUCUGCCCGCCACUGCAUAAAAUUCACAUGAUGUUUGUGAAAAACUGCAUGUUAAUCUAAUAGAGAUGGACAAUCUAGGCCAGUGUCACUUGUUUUCCCCAGAGCUCCUCUGUCAGCUUCGUUUUUACUCAAGUUUGUACUGUUUGGAACUUUAAGGGAAGUUGCAAUAAAGCUUAAUGUAAUGUAAUUUAUGUAAUUUGAACU